CACGUGCGCGUAGGGCGCCACGGUCACGUGGGGCGGCAGGAGCCAAUGGGGGAGCGUUUCGUGUAGGUCUUAGGAGGUGGGACGCGGCCGCGCGCCAGUCGGGAGCCGGCGGAGAGGGAACGCGGUGGCGGUGAAGGCAGGAGGGCGAGGAUUUUGGAAAUGGCUACUCCCCAGUCGGUUUUCACCUUUGCCAUCUGCAUUUUAAUGAUAACGGAAUUAAUUCUGGCCUCCAAAAGCUACUAUGAUAUCUUAGGUUUGCCGAAAUCGGCAUCAGAGCGCCAAAUCAAGAAGGCCUUUCACAAAUUGGCCAUGAAGUACCAUCCUGACAAAAAUAAGAGCCCUGAUGCGGAAGCAAAGUUCAGGGAGAUUGCAGAAGCCUAUGAAACACUGUCAGAUGCUAAUAGGCGAAGAGAGUAUGACUCUCUUGGACACAGUGCUUUCACUAAUGGCAAAGGACAGAGAGGUAGUGGAAGUCCUUUCGAGCAGUCAUUUAACUUCAAUUUCGAUGACUUAUUCAAAGACUUUGGUUUUUUUGGUCAAAACCAAAACACUCGGUCUAAGAAGCACUUUGAAAAUCACUUCCAGACACGCCCGGAUGGCUCUAGUAGACAGAGGCAUCACUUCCAGGAGUUUUCUUUCGGAGGAGGACUGUUUGAUGACGUGUUUGAAGAUAUGGAGAAGAUGUUCUCCUUCAGUGGCUUUGACCCCACUGGCCGGCACCCUGAGAAUAGAUUCCAUGGAUCUAGCAAGCACUGCAGGACUGUCACUCAGCGCAGAGGAAACAUGGUCACUACAUACACUGACUGUUCAGGACAGUAGUUCAUGUUCUUUGUUCUCACAAAGCCCAGCUAGUUGACUGUUCUUCAAUAUCGAUGAUGCAAAACAGUUUUCUGUGAACUAUUUUGACAAGUGCAUGAUUUCACUUAACUUGAUACAGCUGUUAAAUAUAUUUAAAUUGUUUUUGACAAAUUAAGGUUCAGUUAGUAGAGAAAUUGUUAAUUAUUAAUUUCUCUGAUUAGUAAAGGGUCUUGAAAAAGAAAACAGAGACGUAAUUUUGCCUGGUCUUUUUCCUCCACCUGUGGCCAGUUUUAUUACCAAGAAAGGAAUGAGUUUGCCUGAUUUAUAUUUAAAGGUUAAACUCUUAAAUUUAUUUUAGAUUUAAGUUGAAUGAACUUGAAUGAUUUUGCAGUGAAACCUUUGCUAACUUGAAAUUGCAUGCUCUGUAGCAUGGCUGACAUGAGUUGCUGAGUGUACCUGGAACUGGACAGUGAGUCGUUAAGUGAGAGCAGUGCCUUGGUAAACUUCCACUGAACGCUUCGGGAAGGCGUGGUUUAAUAUUUACCACGGGGCCAUUUGGAGUAAAGGAAAUGAUUGUGCUGCUCAUAGUCACUUGUGCUGAAAAAAGUUGGGAAGUUGUGAAAUAUUGCCAAGAGAUUGUUACGUGUUUGGCCCCUGGCUAAUGAUUUUGUAAGGUUGGAAUCAUAGCUAUUUCACAUACCUUUUCACAUUUCUUUCUUAAUUGUUGGCUCUCUAUGUCUUAAUACGGAUUUAUGUUUUUUGUGUGUGUGUGUUUCCUCUUUUGCACUCAUCUUUAUCUAGGAAUUGACUAAUACCUCAUUCUGUUCAUAAAAACAGUAAUUUCUGCGCAACCUUAUUAUGUGCAAUAUUUUUAAAUUCUAAGAAAUGUGUGCUUUUGUUUUCAGAUAGACUUAUUUCUUUAGUUCCGCACUUUCCCACAUUAUACUCCAUAUGAGUAUUAAUCCUAUGGAUACAUUUUAAAAGUAGUAAAUGUCUCAUACAAUGUGUGUGAGUGAGAAAAUACAAUAUUUACAAUAU